GUAAUUUCCUAAGAAGGAUUUGCUUACGUUACCUUUUUCUUCCCAUAACCAUAGUAUUUGUCUGUCGGUUUGUAUUUCGAUGAGUUCCAAUGCUGCUUUCUGCCAUGGUCUUAAAGUUACGUUUCUAAGAUCCAAUAUCAUUGAGUCGACAAUGUUGUCUUUUCUGUAUUCUUCGAACUGUUCACGGAACACACACUUCUGAGCUGGUAUUAAACUGCAAUAUGGAAAGUCAGUUGGAUCAAGUUCUUGAGUUCCACGUUUUUUUGCAUAGAUCUUAGCUCGAAGUGACAGAUGCAGAUAGCUGGUGUCAAUAUUUUUGUAAAGUGUGUACUGAUCUUCUUUGGACACAUAACGGAUGACAUCUCUGAUCUUUUUACAUCUUUUAAUCAUGCCGCAUGAGAAUCUGAAUUGCUUCUUCCACUUAGCUUUGAAAGUUUUGAAGUUCAUCUUUUUCUUUGUUUGGAUGUAAGCAUGGCUAUGUGCCUUUUCUUCUCGUUUAGAUAAUCCAAACGAACAUCUAAACGAUAAUCCAAACUCGUUGCAGAAGACAUAGCUUUGUAUGAAGUUUUGAUGCUUCUUGUUUCUAGAGUCCAUUCUUCUCAGGAAGAGAUACUUCUUUGGUCCUUGGUUCAUGGUUAACAAGAAGUGUACGCCUUUGUUGGUGAUUUUCCUUUUCUUUGGUUUUUCAACUUUAACACCAGUAUUUUUUAAGUGCAUUUUGGUUUUACAAUGUUGAGACCAUCCAGAUUUACGUACUUGACGUUUGCACAGUUCACACAUUUUCGUCUGUCCGUUGUUUUUGAACGGCAUCUUGAAUGUAGAAUCGAUGAAUUGUAUGAUAGUUUGUAUGCGUGUUGUCGGUAUAAUUGCAUUCGAUAGAAUGAAGCUCAAGUGUCGAUUUCCCUUGUACUGUACCGAAAAAAUAACUUUUUCAAUCAAUCUGCUUUCUGAUUGGUUAAUACAAAGUAGGCGUGGUUUAAGCAAACCGUUCUGAUUGGUCGAAACAAUUCUUGCUAGAUAUAGCGUUUGCGGAUGGUUUAAACUCUCAUUCUGUAUCAGAAUGAUGAACAGAUCAGCCGUAGAAUUACUGAGCACAUUAAUGACAAAGAGCCGUCAACAAGCAAUGGAAACAUUUGUGUUAUACAAGCGAAGAGGCCUCAUAAGAAGAGCUCAGAACUUGAUCGAAAACAUCGAUAACGUCGUUACUUGCAUCAACUUGGAUCGAGGACGAGAUCCUUCCUUGUUCAAGAGUAGCAUGUCGGCGCUAUCCAAACUGAACUUGUGGGAAAACGAGAUCAGAGAGGCAACGAAUGACAAAGAUAUGCCAGACAUCAUAUCAGCUGCGAGGUUUCUCUUGGAAAACCAAGGCUUGCUGAUGGAUGAAAUUGACAAUAGUGACAGAGCAAAGAGACAGUUGCUUCCGACAGAUAUUAUCGCAAUAGAUAGUGAUGAAGCAGAAGAAGAUGAUGAUGAUGAUCUACCAGAUAUAUUUGGUCCAAUGAGAACACCUACGUGUACUUUGAAAUCAAAAAGUCCCGUAAAAGGCAUCAAAGGACUGCAUAGGCUGAAACCGUACUCAAGGCCUACAUUAACUGUUACAAGUGCAAGCAGCACAAGCAGUACAUUGUCAGAAACGGCGUGGGAAAAGAGGGAAAAUGAGAUGCUGGUGGCUCAUCAGAAAGAACUGUCUAAAGCUAAGCAAGAGGCAAGGGACGAACUGUUAUUAUGCAUAAUAUGUCUGUCAGCCGAGAAAGAUCACACACUAGUACCUUGCGGACACACCUUUUGCAAAGACUGUUCACAUAAGGCUAAGGGAAAGUGCUUCUUUUGCAUGGCCAAAGUAAAAUCGUGUGUGAAAACGAGAUUAACAGACUAA